AAAAACUAUUGUGCACUUUAUCGCCAAUGUUAAUUUCCUUGGUCUGAAAGUACGAGUUGAUGUCUUCAUAUCUCUGUUUAAGCUUGGGUUUGGUUUUGAGGCAAAUGUGUUUGAUGUAUUUCGAGCAAGAAUUGACGCAGAGGCUUCUGUCCCAGGGUUCACUCCUUUUCAAGAUUUACUCUACAAAGUAACUGUUCAGCUUCUACCUGGUGGAGAUGAUUCGUUUGAAGGAAGUUUUGGUGAUGCACUGAGGCGUGCUAUUCAAAACAUUGCAAACGCAGCAAAUGAUCGUUUAACCGCUGUACAGAAUGGACUUGCAGCAGCAAGAGGUGGUCUCACAAAAGCGCAACAAUGGCUCGAGGCGAAAAAGAAUGACGUCGACAAAGCAAAUGUAGUAUUUGAUAGAGGUGUUGAAGGACUGGAAAGGGCAAAGGAUGCUGUGGAAAGAGCAAAGGGUCCAUUAAAAAAAGCGCUAGACAAAUUAGAUGCAGCUCAAAAGAAAGUUGACAACCUUUGUAAGAUUACAGAUUGUAAGCCUGUGUGCAUCCCUGGGAUCAAAUGCAAGAUUUGUUGGAAGAAAGUAUGGAUCGCUAAGAUACCAUACCCAUGUUGCCACUGGACAAAGUGUAUGAUUAAAGUUCCAAACUUACUUUGUCUUGCUAAAAACGCCGCAUGCUGGGUGGUUAGGAAAAUUGCUUAUGGGACACUAGAGUUGGUCAAACUUGGUGUGAAGGCCCUUAUGCUUCCAUUUGACCUUGCAAAGGCAGCUCUUAGUG